AUGGAGAUCUUACCCCCAGAUAACAGCUUGUACACCUCUGUCUCUGAUGGUGGUGGAUCCAUCACCCAAGCGAGCCCUCAAGAGAGCGAGGCCAGGCUGUUCCCCACCACCCAAGACUCAGGCAGGAGGCCCCCCGUUGUCACCACUGCCUCGCCUGUCAACGUCCCAAACCACCACUCACUCUACUUGGAAGACAGCGGGUUAUCUGGGUCUCAGCGCACCUGGUCCACCCUGCCAUCCGGGGCUUCUGAUGAGAGUGCUGAAAUCUCCAAUGUGCAAACAAUCCUUGUAAUGCACACAAUAGCAGCCAUUUCUCACUCCUCCACCCCUGUUCCAGUCACCAACAGGGCUCCAGAACAUGUUGCCAGCCUUGCCUCUGCUGCUCCUUCUGCAAAGGAGAAAGAGGGAGUGAGGCCCGGUCAGCCUGGACUGAAGCACAUGAGGCCAGGCAGUGAUGAGGAGGAAACAACCACCACCAUCAUCACCGCUGUGCAGAGUCCAGUUGCCUGCCAGCUGAACUUGACUGGGCCAGAAGGAUACAUAGAUGCUCCGCCACAGUCCACCUCUGCUCUUCACUCUAUGUACUGCAGCUAUGUCAUCACUGUCUACAUGGGCUAUGGAGUGGAAGUGCAGGUGUUGAAUGUGAAUCUAUCUGAGGGAGACAUGGUGGUGUUUGAAGAUGUGGGCCACGGGGAGAACACCAUGCUGGCCAAUGAGUCCAUUCUGAUGAGGGGGUUGGUAGUGAGAAGCCACAGCAAUCAGAUCUCUAUCCGCUUUCACAACCAGAGGUCUCGGGUUGGAUCAGUGCUGCUCAGAUAUCAAGCCUUUGUGUUGAGCUGUGUCUUCCCCCAGAGGCCUCACUAUGGUGACGUAUCAGUGAGCAGUCUCCACUCUGGAGGUGAGGCCUUCUUCUCCUGCUUGACCGGCUACCAGCUGCAAGGCUCCAGUGUGCUGACCUGCCGCAAUGCUAGCACCCCCUAUUGGCGUGGCAAGGAACCACACUGCCGAGCUGCUUGUGGUGGUUUGAUCAGGAACAUCACAGUUGGCCGCAUCGUCUCUCCUGGUUUUCCCAGCAACUACAGCAACAACCUGACCUGCCACUGGCAGCUGGAGGCCCCUCAGGGCCACAGAAUACAUGUCCACUUUGAGAAGGUGGCGCUGGCUGAGGAUGAUGAUCGGUUGCUGAUCAAAAAUGGUAACAGCAUAGAUGCAGCUGCCCUGUAUGACUCAUAUGAGGUGGAGUAUCUUCCCAAUGAAGGUCUACUUAGCACAUCCAGGCAUCUCUUCACCGAACUGACUACAGACGCUACAGGCACAUCCACUGGCAUUGCCAUCAGGUACCAAGCCUUUGCAGCAGGCCACUGCUAUGAACCCUUUGUGAAGUAUGGUAACCUGACUAGUAGCGACAACACUUGGGCAGUGGGAGCUGUGGUGGAGUUUGCCUGUGACCAUGGCUAUACCCUGGAACAGGGAUCUGUCACUAUUGAAUGCCUGGACCUAAAGAAUCCACACUGGAACGAGACCGAGCCUGCUUGCAGAGCUGUGUGUAGCGGCGAGAUCACAGACUCAGCUGGAGUGGUGCUGUCUCCUAACUGGCCUGAAGCCUACGAUCAAGGCCAGGACUGUAUCUGGGGGAUCCACGUUGAGGAGGACAAGAGGAUCAUGGUGGACAUUCAAGUGUUGAAUGUUGGGAAGAAUGAUCUGUUGACCUUUUAUGACGGAGAUGACCUUACAGCUAAAGUACUGGGUCAGUAUGGAGGUUCAAAGUCCAUAUUUAAGCUAUACACCUCCACAGCAGACCUCACCCUCCAGUUCCAGUCGGACCCUGCCACCAACGUCUACGGCUAUGGAAAUGGCUUCAUAGUCCACUUCUUUGAAGUAGCUCGUAAUGACACCUGCCCCGAGCUUCCAGAGAUCUCUAAUGGCUGGAAGACUUCAUCUCAUCCCGAGCUGGUGCAGGGCACCGUGGUGACCUACCAGUGUUACCCUAGUUAUCAGGUGGUGGGCGCUGAGCUUCUCAUGUGCCAAUGGGACCUCACCUGGAGCGGUGACCUCCCAAGCUGUGAAAGAGUGUUGUCUUGCGCUGACCCUGGAAAGGUGGAGCACAGCAGGCAGGUGCUGUCAGGUCCCCAUUUCACCGUGGCUUCAACCAUCCAGUAUAUUUGUAACAAGGGCUUCACUCUGUCUGGAAACAGCCUGCUCACCUGCUUCAACCGAGGGUCCAGAGGGCCCAAGUGGAACCAGAAGCUGCCGAGAUGCCUGCCUGAGAUGUUUGAGCCCUGCAGUCACCCAGGAACACCAACGUAUGGGAUCCCCAGCUCAAACAAGCUCCAUUUCCAGGCUGGAGAGACUCUCCACUACUCCUGUUUAACCGGCCACCAGCUGCUGGGUGAGCCUGUACUCCACUGUGUCCCUGGACACCCAUCCCAGUGGAGUGGGCUGCCUCCUGUCUGCAAGGUGUCUACUGCACACCUAAGAACGGAGGGGGCCCAAGUAGCAUUUGCUUUCUUCAUCCCUACCACCCUCCUUCUGAUCCUGAUCAUUGGGAUCUACCUCUACUUCUCAAAGGUUCAGAAGAAGUCACUGCAGAUCUCCCUGUCUUCCAACCUACGAUACGAAACCAUCACUGGAGAAUCUACAUUCGACAACUCAGUUUAUGAGACAACAGAAGCAAGAGAAUAUGAAGUUUCGAUCUGAAGACGCUAUGGACAGAUAAGAAGCCUGCUGGCCUUUUAAACUUCUGUCAGACUCACACCUUUAGUGACUCCCUCGACAACUCCCUGUUCUCUGUACACUGAAUAUGAGCCUCCCUUUAUUUACCCAACAGAGACAUAUCACUACCCAUGGAAAGGCUGGGCCACCGGAUUAUUUUUGUAGCUCUUCAACAGCUCAGCAGCAGCAGCAGCAGCAGUGUGUACAGUUUUUAAUCCUGUGCUUGCAUCCUGAGGACUUCCAGUAAAAAGUACCAUCUCGGAAAGCAGAAAGAAACAUUGCAGGGCUCAUGCCAUUAAGUGCAGAUAACCACGGAUGUUACAUUGUGUUAUGUACAUUAUACUCUGUAUGUAUCCCACUACAAUUUUGCUUGGAUUCAUGGGAUGUCUUCAAAAAGUAAAAUCUUACAAUUGAAUGUCAGCAAAAAAUAGCAUGCUUCUAUCAGAGUAUGCCAAAAAAAAGUUGCUCUUUGAAAUUGAUGAAACCGUAAGAAAUCCAUAUGUGCUUUGAAUAAAUGGCCCUUGAAUGCAUAUAUUUCUCUUCCUGAUAUUAAGAUGAGAAUAUUGAUAUCUUCCAGGGUAUCAAGUACAAAGUUGUGGUUAGUCUACCUCAGCAUGACGACUGGAUGCAGGAGGAAACAGCUAACUAGGCUUUAAAACCCAACCAAUACCUCAAAGGCUCAAAGAACAAUGUGAUCUCAUCCCCAUUGUUUCCCGUUAAUUACAUAGACUCUUUUUUAUUAAGACCGUGAGACACCAAAUAGACUUUGGUGGUCCGCCACGGUUUUAAUAAUUACGCCACGCCACAGUUUAAUAAUUAAGCAAAAAUAUUCCUCAAUUUAUUGUCUGGCUUGGCUUGGCCCUCUCUGUGCGCAUUUCCCUCACAGCAAUGCACAUCAACUGGCUAUAGUCGGGCUCUGAAAGUGAGAGUGAAAGUGGUUUGCGCCUCCAGCUGUGUCAACUUUACAGCACCCCAUGCUGCUCACUGCAACAUUUCUUCCAGCAUGCAGUGACGUAGGCCCCAGUUUCCUCGCGCAACUGUUAACUAUUACAUAAUAUAUCAUUGGAUUAUAAAUAUUGAUCCAUUAAUGUGUCCAUCACUUCCAUAUUGCAGAUGGUAAAGGUUAAGCUAAUUGUAACAUGCUUUUAUUUGGCUAUAUAGCCUAUUACUUAAUAAUGCAGUAAGUCCUAGUUUAUUUUUUUUGUAGUUUUUUGUAUUAAGAAUCUGUAGAAGAGCUGUGACCAGAUAUAUUAAUAUUCUUUUAAUUUGCAUUGGUAGGAAUGUAAACUGCAUGAACAAAAACACUGGUGAAUUAUCAAAGCAGACAAUAUGGUGAACAUAUUAGCUGUAAUUCAACAUCGGGGAAACAUUGUUCAUCAACUUUGAAUACAUUUGAACCCCAAGCAUCAUUUAUGUCAAUGCACAGCUUGCCGCUCCUCUUAGUACCACUACUACCAGAGUCCUCCUUUCUGUCGGCGUGGUAUGAAGUCGGGCCAUCAAAUUCUCUAACUUUAUUUGGGAUGUGAUGAAAACUGCCAAAAGAAAACAUAAUAGUAGCCUACGGCAGAACAGGGGCAUUCGCCUUUACACGGUGUGGGAAAUAUCUGUGGAGAAGAUCUUUGUAGUUUCUGUUUCCUAUUUCCCUCAUUGCUUCGUUCAAAGUCAUGUAAGCACUCUGAGACAAAUGUCUAAUUUGUGAAAAUGGGCUAUACAAAUAAACUGAAUUGAAUUGAAA